AUGAGAGUGAAUGACUGCAUGUGGCUUCGUCUAGUGAAAGGUGAUCACUUUGUUCCUGCCUUUGAACAUUGUUUCCGUGAAGAACUUUUGGCUAAAUUCCUGUACUGGCUGAUGGAUACCUAUGUUGUUACGUUGCUCAGAUCUUUUUUUUAUGUCACCGAGACCAAGUUCCAGAAAAACACGCUUUUCUACUACCGAAAGUUUGUCUGGUGCAAGUUACAGAACAUUGGAAUUAGGUAA